AUGGAUGGUGACGACAGCCUGAAGAGCGACGACAGUAAACUUGUAAAUAAUAAUAUCAUCAAUCACAAUACAAAUACAACUGAAGACGUUGGUGGAGAAGACGGCCAAGCUGCCGAGGAGCAAACUUUGUCCAAAAGGCAAAGGAAGAAGCUCCUAAAGCAGCAGAAAUGGGAGGACGAGAGGGAGUUGAGGAAGCAAAGGCGCAAGGACAGGAAGCAGCAGCGUCGCCUGGAGAGGCAAAACCAGGAGGACGGGGGCGACGCGCGGGACCAGCGCCGGGCCGGAAAGCGCCCGCGUCAGGAGGCGGCGCCUACAUCUCUGCGGCUGCUGGUGGACUGCAGCUUUGACGAUCUCAUGCUGAUCAAGGACGUUCGGAAGCUUCACAAGCAGAUCCAGAGGUGUUACGCUGAAAACCGGCGAGCUUCGCGUCCGGUCCAGUUUUAUCUGACAAGCCUCGGAGGACAACUCAAACAGAGUAUGGAUGAAAAGGAUAAAGGGUGGAUCAACUGGAAGGAUAUCAUCAUUAAAUUAGAACACUUCACUGAAGUCGUGGACAAGGACGAUUUAGUCUACCUGACGUCGGACUCUCCCAACAUUCUGACGGAACUGGACCUGAAAAAAGCCUACGUGAUAGGCGGGUUGGUGGACCACAACCACCACAAGGGGAUCACCUUGGAUCGGGCGAAGGCGCUCGGGAUCUGUCACGCCCAGCUUCCCCUAGGAAGCUUCGUCCAGAUGAACAGUCGCAAAGUUCUCGCUGUCAACCACGUGUUCGAGAUCAUCCUGGCGUACGUGGAGAAAGGCAGUUGGCGGGACGCAUUCUUCUCCGUGCUGCCGCCGAGGAAAGGAGCCAAGGCGCUGGUUCCGGAAACGCCGGACGAGGACGAGCGCUCUGAUCCAGACGCGCCCCAAACUACUCAAAAGUGA